ACAGACAUGACGUCAAUUGGUGUUUUGGCCUUUUUAUUUUGUUGCAUCUGCCUGCUUGAUGCUUAUGCAGAUGUGAUUUGUAUGAAUUCCUCCCGUUCUCAGAUGACGGACGAGCAGAGGUUAUAUAAGAAGCUGAUGUACAAUUAUGAUAGAAACACAAGGCCCGUGUACAACGCCUCUCACUCUGUCCACGUCAACAUUAGUAUAUCACUGACCCAGAUAUUUGACCUGGAUGAGAAAAAUCAAGUCCUUACCACCAACAUCUGGCUGGAUCAGGGUUGGGUGGAUGAGAAGUUGCGCUGGAACCCAGAUGAUUAUAAUAAUCUGACAGUACUUCGUAUUCCGUGUACCAACAUCUGGUUACCAGACAUAGUCCUCUACAACAGUGCAGAGGACUACACAGAGGGAUAUAUGGAGGCGCUGGCUAUGGUGUCCUAUGAGGGUCAGGUGUUCUGGCCCCCCAUUGUCAAGUUCCGCAGCACCUGUGAAAUCGACAUCACCUAUUACCCGUUCGACGACCAACUAUGUAAGAUGAAGUUUGGCAGUUGGGCCUACGACGGGUCACAAGUUGACGUUUUUAAUACAACAAAAGGAGUAGACCUGACAAACUUUGUGCUCAAUGGUGAAUGGGAAUUAUUAAGUGUCAAGUCUAUUCGUCACAACAUCCGGUACCCAUGCUGCUCUGAAAUGUUCCCGGAUGUAACGUUUUGGAUCCACAUCAAACGUCGCACGCUUUAUUACACGUAUAAUGUCAUCAUUCCCUGCGUGAUGUUAUCUGUUUUGACAAUGGUAGGAUUUUGGAUCCGACCCGAAAGUGGCGAGAAAGUAUCUCUGGGACUUACUGUCCUCUUGGCAUUUUCUGUCUUUAUGCUACUCAUUGCAGAAAACAUGCCAGCCACUUCUAACUUUGUUCCAUUGAUAGGUAUUUAUCUCACGACAGUGAUGUCUCUGACAUCCUUUUCCGUCAUCAUGGCUGUUGUGACGUCAAACAUUAACGUUAGAGGAUUCAAAGAGGUGGAUCUUCCGAGGUGGUUCCGAAAAUUAGUUAUAUUUUGUGCAAAGCUGAACUGUAUGAAACUUACGUAUGUAAGAGACACAGAUUGUCGAGCGAAGGAUGAUGAACAUGCAAAAGAAAAGUAUUAUCAGAUGCACACGACUUUCUCAAAUGAUUCAGGUUGUGCUCUGAUUGACUAUGAAAACAACAGUACAAAGCAAAAGUGUGAGAUGAACAGCAAAAUUACUGGUCACGUGAGGGAAGUGGAACUCGGCAGCGAUUCAUGGGUGACCAGAGAAAUCCUCUCUCGUCUCCAGCUGUUAGUAGAUAAGGAGGAAGAGAAGGAGAGAUCUGACCUGUUGUGUAAGCGCUGGAUGGAGGCGGCAGAGGUCAUUGACAGGUGUUUGUUCUGGGUAUUUAUCUUCGGUACUUUGUUAUCUACGAUCAUUCUGUUGAUGGUUAUCCCAACUGUUCGCCCUUUUGAGCACCACGGCCCGCAGUUUGCUACGUGAGACUUGUGAAAUACUUUGAUAAGUACACAGAGUGUUGAGAGCUAGGAAACGUCUUAUAAAAAAGGCACAUUCUUCUGUGCCAUUUCUGCUGCCCUAAAGUGACGUGCGCGAAAGGAUGACUUUUUUUUCAAGACGCAACGGAAAACCAUUAUCUACAUGUAAAUGUACAUCAUAAAUUCGAAAUUACCUGGUGAUCAAACAAAAUUCGUCAUUACAGAAGGACUUUUAUCGCCUAUCUUAUUUUUUAUCACAGACCUCUGCAGACAGGAAAUUUUAACCAAGUGUUAUUUUAAGCACAAUCUGCAUUUAAAAUGACAUUGUCCCACUGAUUAGAAAAUGACGCAUCCCUCCUAAAAUUCAAUCUUUCAUGUUUUACUACUUAAAAACACUUGUCACUUUGUUAAAUAAGCCCCGAUUUAACUCUCAUCAUUUAGAAUCAGGAAAACGGGUCGAAAAUAAUAUCAAUGUAACUGAUACACAUUACACAUAUACAGUAAAUUUAGUAUGAUACAACAUUACCUCUCUAUCAUUAGAGUUUGAUACAUGUAGCUUUGAGAAAGUCAGAACUGGUCACGUGACUGCCGUUUAAUCUUGCUUGGUGACCAUCUGUACUCAACAGACUCUUAUGUAGUGUACCUUGAAAGUAUUACUAUAAGUGUUCUUAUUUGGACAUAAUCUCAGCGAGAUUCGCCGAGACUAAAAAUUUCGUACUGAUGCCUCUUUUGAAUCUCAGACCCUUGCCAUACAAAGUGAUUCUUAACCGAACUUCGGCCGCUUAUUACUAUUAAUUGUUGAAUCGAAUCCCCUGCCCGCUUUAACUUUUCGGUUUCGACAUCCUUUUAACUCUCUAUCUCUAUAAAACAUUCGUUUCUUACCUUUAAAAGGUUUCUUUCUAAGAAAAAAAUCAAGUUGUUGAUUUUUGAAAGCAUUGCCAUAUUUGUUUAAACCUUCGAUUCCGAAGACUUCCAGUCAGAGUCAUACUAGUAAAUUGUCUGCUUCAUAAUACGUCGUGCUAUGAUUUAUAGUAAAGAAAACUAUGUGUGGGCAAGCCAAAACUUUGUCUCGAUGAAUCUCGGUGAAGAUUAAUUUGGGCAGAAUUCAUAUUCUAAUCUAAUGCAUUAAUUAAUGUGUAAGGUAAUGCAAUGUAUUUUUAAAAGAAAUCUUGACUUUUUGUUAAAGCAUUUUGAUAUUUACAGAGCAUAAUACAAAUAUUAUAAUGUGUACUGUAUAUCUUUUUUCUUUUUCU